CCCCCUCCCCAACCCCUCGCCCAUCUCACCAUAUCUUGCCCGCACACACGCGCGACUCCACCCACUCCCCUAUAACAACCUUAUUUUCCGACGCUCUCCGCGCGAGAAACACCUCGUCGCCCGUUUUACAUUUCUCACAACAACACUUCCGGCCUCCGUGUCCCCUUUGUCUUCUCAUAGCCCCCGCCCACCCUUCUCAACUCUUUGAUAGACUCCUUUGAAAUCUCUUCUCAAGGUCAGAGUCUUCCUUCAUCCAUUAGCCCUCCCUUCGCAUCUUGCCUUGUCAAUUCUGCCCGAAGCCAUGUCGGCUUCUGGAGACCAUAGUGCCCUCUUGCCACCGGGUACUGGCACUCGUAGCCCUAAUCUCGACUAUAGCCAGCGAUCCUCGAGACGCUAUGGACCAGCAGCCUCAACCGACCCUGUCCCUUCAACCGCUUCCCUGCUCGGAGGCUCGGCAGGAUCCCGCCUGUCGUCGGGCUCGCGUCUGUCCGCGCCGAGGUCGACAUCCACGCAUGGUACUCGUGCCGGAGCGACCUCGAGUGCUAGCGAUGGCUGGGGUUGGAACGACCCCGAAGCCGACGACUAUCUCCAUAAUCCGGAUCCCAAGCGGGACCGCAAGAAUGAUAGGGGUGGCUCCAUCUUCACUCUCCGCGGCAUUGUGAACAUCGGGUGUCUCGUCCUUUUGCUUCUGUGUCUCAUCACUCUAUUUGCAGGAUAUCCGAUCAUCACCACCUACACUGAACGCCGCCAAAGCAACAACGGCGCUUUCAAUCUCGGAGGCACCAAUGCGACUGGCCAAGUUCCGUUGAUCGCUGGAUUCCCCAGCCUCAUUGACCCCGACACACCCAUGGAUGUUCGCAGUCGCGUGGGUUACGAUGGUAAAGCCUACGAGCUCGUCUUCUCAGACGAAUUCAACAAGGACGGCCGGACCUUUUGGCCCGGCGAUGAUCCGUUCUGGACUGCAGUUGAUAUCCACUACUGGCCCACUGUUGACUUGGAAUGGUAUCACCCUUCGGCUAUCACCACCGAAAAUGGGCACCUGAAGAUCACCAUGACACAGGAACCCAUCAACGACCUCCAGUUCAAAUCUGGCAUGCUGCAAUCGUGGAAUCAGAUGUGUUUCCAAUGGAGCUACUACUUCGAGAUCAGCGUCUCCCUCCCAGGCAAUAACCGCAUUGGUGGAUUCUGGCCCGGAGUGUGGACUCUGGGCAAUCUUGGCCGUGCUGGUUACGGCGGUACUACCGAUGGCCUUUGGCCCUACACCUAUACCGCAUGCGACCUUGGCACUCUGGCCAACCAAACCUGGCCCGCCGGUUCCGGAGAGGUUACUCCUCCCGGUGCCAUUACCACUUCAGACGGGGACCCGCUGUCAUAUCUUCCCGGGCAGCGUCUCUCGUCGUGCACGUGUAAGGGCGAGGACCACCCAGGCCCCAAUCCGAGUGUCGGGCGCGGGGCGCCAGAAGUAGAUGUUAUUGAGGGUCAGAUUGACACACGAAUGAGAAUGGGCGAAAUGUCUCAGUCAGCUCAAGUCGCUCCUUUUGACGCCGAUUACCAGUUCGACAACUCAUCCGACGCCGUGACCAUUUGGGCAACCGAUAUCACCAAGUGGAACACUUACCUUGGCGGUGUUUACCAGCAGGCGGUUUCUGGUUUGGUUUACGUGGACAAUGGCGUCUACACCGGCACCAGUGGCUUGUUCAACAUUUAUGGUGUUGAGGUCUUUGCCGAUAAAAAUGACGAAAGCAAGGGAUAUGUGACCUGGGUAUCAGGCAACGAAAAAUCGUGGACCAUGGAGGCCAAGGCCACAGGUCCCAACCCGCUCUCUGGUGUAAGCCAGCGGCCAAUCACUCAGGAGCCCAUGUACUUGAUUAUGAACUUUGGCAUGUCGAAUGGUUUCCAGCAGGUCGACCUUCAGAACCUGCAAUGGCCGGCGCACAUGCUCAUCGAUUAUGUCCGUGUCUAUCAGAUUCCAGACUACGGUUAUCUCGGCUGUGAUCCUGAAGACCACCCCACUGCGGAGUACAUCAACUCUCAUCCUGAGCCGUACAACAACGCAAACAUCACCCUUUGGUCCCAAGCUGGUUACUCCUGGCCGGUGAGUUGUCCUUGUGAUGAGAACUGACGUUGCAGAAAAACCGCCUUGUGAACACCUGUUAGAGCGACUACUCCGCGAAGUAUAUCCAUCCAUCAGCCGCCCUUCCUCUCUGUAUGCAGAACAUUGUUUUAGCCGAUGGAC